UUCCUUUCAUACUCCUUCCCUCCCCUCCAAAGGCCAAACUGGCACGCCCACAAUUCUCUAACUCCUCCCCUUUUCUCUCUCUCUAGAACUCGCUCCUUUUUUCUCCAUCAAAAACUCACCGAGUCAGAAAUCAUGAUGCACAUGACUUUCUAUUGGGGCCGGGAGGUGACGAUCCUGGUUAACUCAUGGCACACAAAGACAUGGCUCGGUUACUCUCUCUCUCUACUCGCUUGUCUCAUCGCUUCCAUCUUCUACCAGUACCUGGAGAACCACCGCAUGCGACUCAAACUCAUCUCCUCCGGAUCUGUGAAAGCGAAACCAUCACCAUCGGCGACGAUCGACGAGCCGCUGCUUCGAACGAUGGGUGGUGGAGGAAAAGUGAGGUGGUCUGCCGCGAGAGUGGGAGGAGCUGUGCUUUUUGGGAUAAAUUCAGGGAUCGGGUAUCUGUUGAUGUUAGUCGUCAUGUCGUUUAACGGAGGGGUGUUUUUGGCUGUCGUCUUGGGGUUGGCAAUUGGGUAUUUGUUAUUUAGAAGUGAAGAUGAGAAUUCGAUGCUUCUUGAUAAUCCCUGUGCUUGUGCUUAGACAAGAAAAAAAAAAUUGCUGUAUAUUUUGUUAAAAAAGAAGAAGAAAGUUUCUACUCUUGAUUGCAGUAAUGUUGUGUGUGUUCUUUUUUUCUAUUUUCAGCUGUAUUUUUUGGGUGAUUUAAGGAUUUUAAUUUCAAUUGAAGAUGUUAGUUAAAAGGAAGUGUUGUAGGACCAGUUAAAUCCAGAAUUGUCUUCUUGUUUUUCUGGAUUGUAAAACAGGUUUCUGUUUGCAAUGAUUACAGUCAUCUAAAAAUCUUGAAAAA